CAGAGAAGAUUCGAUUUGAUAGCAAGAAUGACAGAAACUAUCCAAGACUUGACCGCUGGUCACUGGGAAACCACGGUGUUCGCUGACCUCAACAUUUCCUUGGACCUCCGUGAAGCUAAAGAGGACAACAUUACAGCUUCUCAAGUCACCGCAGAUGGAAGCCUCGUCCCUAUUGGCGUACAGGUGCUCAUGUACAUUAUGUAUAUCACUAUAUCCCUUGCCGCCAUUGGUGGGAAUGGAAUUGUUUGUUAUAUUGUGUUAUCUGAUCCCCGGAUGCGAACUGUGACCAACUUCUUCAUAGUUAACCUUGCUGUUGGGGACAUCUUGAUGGCCGUUCUGUGCAUUCCCUUUACCUUUGUGGUCAAUCUUAUUCUCGGACGGUGGCCAUUCGGCGCUGUCUUCUGUGUGAUUUUCACCUACGCUCAGGCUGUCUCGGUAUUUGUUAGUGCUUACACACUAAUAGCGAUUAGUGUAGACAGAUAUAUUGCCAUCAUUAAGCCCCUGCGGCCAAGAAUGACCAAACUACAGGCUAAGCUACUUAUUUUUGCCGUAUGGCUUGUGGCACUGCUAACGCCCCUACCCACAGCCAUCGUUUCUAAGCUAGUCCAACAAAACAACACCGACCGAUUUCACUGCACCGAGGUGUGGAACACUCCAAUCCAAAGAUAUUACUAUAGCAUGGCUCUAAUGCUCCUACAAUAUUUCCUUCCGUUGAUUGUACUUAUUUUCACUUACUCCAGGAUCGCUAUUGUCGUGUGGGGAAAACAAACACCAGGAGAGGCUGAAGACACUCGCGACCAGCGAUUGGCUGCUUCAAAAAGGAAG